CAAUAAUUCGAUUGCUUAUUACAUAUUCUAGUAUGUCAAUAAUUUCACUUACACACAGAUGGAGCGACCGAAACGUACUGUUGCAAAACCAGCUCGCUACCAGACGACCUCUUCAGAAGACGAAGCUGUCAGACGUCCAUCGAAUAGAGCCCCCAAUUCAUCGACAAUCACGGAUGCGGAGAUCGACGAUGACAUCGGCGACCUACGAACAACUUUAGAAGAUCCAUCCACGAAUAUGAAUAAGACCACCAAUUACAAUAUUUAUUCACAAUCUCAACAAUCCCAACAACAAUCCUCACAACAAGCCUAUUCUCCACAAAUAGCCUCAAACAUAUCAUCACAUACAUAUAUUCAAUCUACAUCAACUACAUACCCAACACUUCCAACAAUUUCACACACAUAUCCUUGCAACUAUGAUAAUAACAUUAAUUCAAAUUCUGUUAUACCCAUUUCGACACGUGCAGACGGUGUUAUCUUUAAUACUAAUACACAUGGAAAUCAAUUUCAGGUGAAUAGGAGAAGCUGUUGGUCAUCGCAUCAAGAUCCGAUAGAUGCAAGAAGCAGUGGGCCAGUGCAAAAUAAUUAUCAAGAUAAUACUGAAACACAGACUAACGAGAAAAGUGAUCGAUCCAUUAAUUUAUUGCACGAACGCAUGGAUCGGAUGGAAGCAGAAUUCAAGAGGACGAAUACUGUAAUUCAAAGUAUUUUAAAGUGCGUACAGGAUCAUCGUGGUGUACCACGAAAGCCCGCAGUCCUCCCUGUAUCAUCACUAGCGGAAAUGGAUGAUUUUGAAAAUAUAGACAAAAAUCGUUUCACCGAAGUUGUAAGUUAA